GCCAUACUGACUGGCUUCUCAACUUUCAGUCUUACAGGCCCAGCAGAUCUUUGUCCAAGACAAGGUGACCGGUAUCAUCGGGCAGGAAGUCAAUUUGCCAUGCACUGUCAGCAGCAACGACCCCAAAAUCCACGUCAGCCAGAUAAUGUGGGAAAAAAAAAUGGCAACAACAUAGCUGUUUACAGUCCUCAACAUGGAACUCACAUAAAUGACCCAAGCACUUAUGAGCUGAUUGAUCCUUCAGAAAACAUAAAGCUUCGCAUUUCAUCAGUCCGUGCCAUUGAUGAAGGAGAAUAUUCUUGUGAAGUAACCCUCUUUCCUUCUGGUAACCGCAAGGCCACAACAAAAUUGUCUGUCAUAGCUGUGCCGCAAAAUUCUGCUGAGGCGAACACUGAGGCUACAGCUAAUGGCGAAGAACAAACUGUAGCCACAUGCAGAUCGUCCAAUGGGAGGCCUCCAUCCCUCAUUACAUGGCAAACAAGUCUACCUGGAAAUGUUAGCACCACCAUGACCAAUAACACGGAUGGAACACACACAGUAGUUAGCCGAUAUGUAAUGACGCCGACAUCACAAGCUGAUGGGAUACCCAUCACCUGUAACAUCAACCAUGAAUCAUCAAUGGUUCCUAUACCUUUGAAGCUGUCUGUGAAGUAUCCCCCUGAGGUUACUGUUGAAGGAUUUGAUGAUAAUUGGCAUUUAAAACGCAAUGCCGUCUAUCUAACAUGCAGCGCUAAAGGCAAUCCUCCUCCCACAUCGUAUAUAUGGAAAACAGCUGAUGGUUCUCCACUUCCACCUACUGUCCGUGUAAAGGAAAAUAUUUUGUAUGUGGACGAAGUGGAUGAGCGAGUCAACCGUUCAUUUUUGUGCGAGGUCACCAACGCCCUUGGGAGCAGAGCCUACCGCCAGGAUGUCCUUGUGAGAGAACACGCAAUGCAGACGCAGGCAAACGCAGGAGCCAUCGCCGGGGGGGUAAUCGGGGUGAUUCUGGUCCUGCUCCUUCUGGCCGCCAUCGUCUUCAUCGUCAUCAAGAGAAAGGGACUGCAUGGCAAGCAAGAUCGGGGAACCUACAACCCAAAGACCCGUGUAUUUGGCACUGGAAAGCCUUCUCAGGAAUUCACCUAUCAAGAUGACGGUGAGUUGGAUAAACCUCUCAAAGGCCCUGGACCAAUGAGGGACAGUGGGCUAAGUCCCUCCUUGGAGGAGGAUGAAGAUGAAGAGGAAAGGAUGAAGUACAAAGUUCUAGAAGAUGAUGAAGAGGACGAGCGAUUUAACGAGGUGGGACCCAUGCUGCAACUUAGACCUCACCCACAAAUUGACUCUUAUCUGGACGACGACAUGGAGUCCCAGACUGAUGGCUCUAUCAUCUCCAGGACUGCAGUGUAUGUGUGA